AUGCGUGAAGUUGGUCCACAGUUUGUUGCCUACAUCAACCAAGAUGCACACCCCUAUGCAGAAAAAGCGUGUGAAAUGGCUACGGUGAGAUGUCACGCUAUCCAGGCGAAGGAUUCCAACAAGUGGGGCCUCACUGGCGCCGAAGUAGAAGAGCAAAUUCGUCAGGACUUGGAAAACAACCUAAUUCCUCUCGUAGUCUAUUGCACAGUAGGGACUACGCCAUCGGCCAUUGUGGACGAUUUGGAAUCAAUAGGGCCGGUAGCCAAGAAGUUUGUUCAUAUCAUCAUCUAUGCUAAUCAAAACUUUAAUCAAAUUGUAUAUUACACGAAAUUCUGA